AUGGCUUUUCUUGGACAUAUAGUAUUAGGUGAGGGUAUGAAGGUUGACUGUCAAAAGGUUGAAGUAGCUAAGAAUUUUCCAAGGCCCACAACGCUUACUGAGGUACGCAGCUUCUUGGGCUUAGUUGUUUACUAUCAAAGGUUUGUGAAAACAUUCUCAUCUAUAGCUGCUCCACUAGCAAAGUUGACACAUAAGGCAGCGGAAUUCUGGUGGGCUGAUGGAUGUGAGAAGAAUUUCCAAGAGUUAAAGGGUAGGUUAACCUCAGCGUCAGUUCUAACUCUUCCUGAAGGACCCAAGGGUUACGUUAUAUAUUGUGAUGCCUCUAGGUUAGGCUUGGGAGGUAUUUUAAUGCAACACAAGAGAGCCGUUGCUUAUUCUUCGAGACAACUAAGGAAACACAAACAGAAUUAUCGACCUGGAGCUAGCAACUGUUAUAUUUGCCUUCAAAAUAUGGCGCCCCUAUUAGUAUGGAGUGCAUGUUAA